AUGAGGGGAAAAAAAGCUGCAGCAAAAUCGACGACACAGUGGAGAGAAAGAGAGAAAGAGAGAAAGAGAUUCACCAACGGUCUCAUCAGCAUAGGUGAUGGGUCGAGAUACGAGUGGGGCCAGGGCUGGUAUAAAAGGGGCACCGUAACAUCUGUGGAGCAUCAGUCCUCAAAUCCAAGGAACAGCAGCAACCAUGAGGGCAUUCAUGGUGAGUCCAAUCUUUCUCGUCUACUCGUUGGCUUCUUUCAUUCUACAUCCUCUUCCUACCGUUCCCUGACGUUUCAGGCAGUGCCUCUUUCUUCAUUCUUUCAUCUGCUUCUUUCCUUUCUUUGAAAUUCUCCAUUGGCAUCAGGCUUACAUGGAAGGCUGAAAAUUAUCACAAUAUCAGUUAAACUAUAUAUAUAUGUUACAAUUUGCGAGUCGACCACAGUUUUAACUAUUCCUACUUGUUAUCCUAGAAACGAUAUAGUCAUUUACAGUGAGUUUACAGUUUCUAGGAUAGUAGAGACUACUAUACAUAUUCCUACUUGUUUCACUCAUUCAAUUGUUUCCAUAUGAUAGCCAGUAGUAGAGACCAAAGAGAUAGAUAGAUAAAUAGAUAGAUAAAUAGAGGAAAGAAAGAAAAUUGAAAUUUGUGUAUAUAGGAGGAAAGAUGGUAUGAAAGAGAAAGUAAGAGAAGAAUGAGAAUGAUGUCGACAAAUGCAGUUGUGUUUGAUGAUCCACGCAUUCGAUAAUCAUAUCAAGAUGCACGAGUAUGAAAGUACAUUAGAAACAAGAACUUUCUAAUUCGAUGUAAUUACGUUUCUUUUACUGUAUCUCCAUUAGUUUAAGUUUCAUAUAUUGAUUUUCAUUCUUCCAUCUUUACUCUUCUAUUCCUUGCAUCCAAUUAUUAUCUUCUUAUCCUUUACAUUCCAUCCUUCUAUUCCUGUUUCUUUUUCUAUUCAUAAAAAUUUGGAUUAACAUGAAUAUUCGCGCACGUUGUUUGUUUCAAAAUUCAUAUCAAUACUGACAUACUGUUAAACGUUUCUGUUGCCAGAUCGUGA